GCUACCAAAAUUGAAAGGUCACAUCACAUCACAUCACAGCACCAAGAAGGUGGCAGAGCGUGCGGCUCUCUGCUCUCUCGAAAGGACGCCCUAAGCUGUAGAAACUGGCUCCGCCCUGCCGGUCCGAGUGACGUCAGAGAGCGAACAUGCGCAGACAGAGCCUGUCGCCAUGCAGGAAACUUCCGCCCAGUCUAGGAGCGGGGUUGGCAGAAGUCGGGAGUCUUCAAUUCAGUGCCGGAUCCGGUUGGUUAAUUUCCUUGGCUUUGCCUUUCUUUUUUUUUUCUUCAGAGAUAAGUCUUUUAUUCUUUUGAACCACCCGAAGCAUUAUGAAAUUAUGUUUAAACAUAUUUUAUUUCGCUUUUCUCUGGCACCGUGAAAGGCACCUUUAUUUUUCAACGUAUCUUUUAAUCUUCCUCAUUAAAAAUAUUUUCUACUCUUGCCCUAUAGUUUUGUGAUACGAAAAACACGGCUUUUGUUGUUGUUGUCCAUCAGUACAUAUCGUUGACGUACAGUGAUACAUUAUCUGCCAAUUGUAUUUGUGGCUUUUCCAACCUCUUAAAAAAAAAAAAAAAAUCCGCUUUGGCCGCCAUUUUUAUUUUGGUCUCCAUAAAGCGUUGAUAUCAUCGACAGAAGCCAUUUUUCGUUUGGGCAGUUCUUUCCGGCUAUCCCAUUACCUUAGCCAGGGCUUCGGGCGCCAUCGUAGGUGCUGGCAGUGGCUUCCAACCGAAUGAAGUCGAUAAUGCCAUCUUGUGUUUGGGCGCUGGUUGCAUUCUCUAACGUGCGAGGGGACGCUGGGAAACGGGAAGUAAGCCAAAGCUGCUGAAGCUUGGUCUGCCGCCUUUUUAGUCUGAGUUUUCCCGUUCAGGUACUAUACUAGUCCACCAGUGACCCCGGACAGUAACAAAGCAUUACAGCCCGAACCCACCUCCCGCCACCAUCGUAGGUUCUGUACCUCACUUGGGAAUCAGUAAACCAUGGCAUCUAAGAAAUUUGCCGUUAAAUGUGGGAACUUCGCAGUCCUGGUGGAUCUUCAUGUAUUGCCACAAGGUUCAAACAGAGACUCCAGUUGGUUUUCUGAACAGAAGAAAGAGGAAGUUUGUUUGCUGUUAAAAGAAACCAUUGAUUCCAGAGUUAAGGAGUAUGUGGGCAUUUAUAAACAGCGCAAGCCAUCAAGUGCAGAAUUCACAAGAUCCAGUCCCUUGUCCUUAAAAGGUUAUGGCUUUCAGAUCACAGCUUAUUUCCUCAAGAGAGGGAUACACCUUCACUGUAUCCAGAACUCCCAGAAUACUGAACUUCGUGUAUUUCCUGAAAGAUUUGUGGUGUGUGUUAGUCAGCUUGCAUUUGGUCAUGAUAUUUGGGCAAACCAGAAUGAAAAAUCGACAAAAAAAGCCCUCCAUGGAGUGUCUGAUUAUUUUCCUGAGUGUGCAGAGAGUUCACCGUCUCCUGGUACAAAGCUCAAGAGGAACGCUCUGAAGGAAAUUGUGAGAAGAACUAAAUCAAAAGGCACUGAUGUGAGCAAACCACAGCCCAGCGGGGACCUCGUGGGAAGAUCUAGUGACUCAGUAAUUACUGUGGUACCAUGGAGGAGGGAUGCCUCAGCCAUUCUCCUGUCAGAAUCUGUGGGUCAAGCACAAGAUGACAUAAGAGCAGCCAAGAGCCACCAGGAGCUUCCUGUUCAAAAGCUGGAAAAUGUUUCUCAGACUCAGCCAGGAGACACUCGCAGCCAGCAGCAACUUCAUCCUGGGGAGUGGUUGAAGACGGGGCUUCUAAGCAGGAGCCCUGCGUAUAACUAUGAGUCAGCAUCACCAGGUCCAAAGCAAAGUCUGAGAGCAGCCAAGACACAGCAGAAACACAGGAAUUGUGGCUCUGUGGAAGACUGUGACCACCGCAGGAGAGUUUCUCUUGGAAAUGAAGGAUUAGUCCCGGAGGACGCGGAUAGGGAAAGGAGCACAGCUGUCAGGGUUUUACCAGCCUUAGAGUUGUCAGAUCCUGGGUUGCUUUUGAAACAAGAUUUGGCAAAAGCCAAGGCUAAGGAAGAGCUACAUGCUUUGGAAAAUCUCUCCUCCAGACAUCUUGUGACAAACAACCCGGGGCAGGCACAGCAGAGCGACUCAGCUGCAAUUACUGAACAAUUAGCUACAGAUCAGGGCGGCCCCAGCAAGAAAAGAAAGAAACUACAAAGUUACAACAGAGGAUGUAGUGGCAAGAAAAACUGAGGAUACAGUACCUGGGGUAUUGGAAGGAAUUAGGACAAUUACUUUAAAUAAAUAAAUUUAGGAGCUGGAGUUAAGUCUCAGCUUUUAAGAGCACUUAGUGCUCUUGCAGAGGAACCAAGUUUAGGUUCCAAGCACCUAGAAGGUGACUUACAACCAUGAUGAACUCCAGAUCCAGAAGACCCAACACACUCUUUGACCUCCAUGGGCACCAGGCAUGCGCAUGGUAUGCAUAUAUACCAGGCAAAACACACAUACAUGUAAAUCUUUUUGUAAAAUUGUUUAUGUUGGAAUUGGCCUUCAUGGUCACCUCCUGGAGGCUGUUUUCCUAACAGGCUUGUUACUUUUUCAUCAUUUUAGAACUGUCUCCAGAAAAUACUAUAUUGACAAAGAGCCAUCCACUGGUCAAGGAGUAAACUAUGUAUCUAGGACCCCAAGGAGAAAUCAGUAAUGGUGGCCUUCUCACCCCAUCACUAUGAAGACCUCCUGAUUGGGGGGGGGGGGGGGGCAGAGACAGUGCCAGGUACUUCUGGCCACAUCUUGGGCUGCAGUCCUCUGACUUCUCAAACUGAGUACCUGACAGUAAGAAUAAGUCAGCAGUCUCAGCAUGUGAUUCUGUGAGGAAUGCAGGUAUUUGGGUCUCAGACAUAUGGAAUGAAGAACUGUGAUUCUGAAAUGGACUAAAGUUGAAAACAGCUCCCUAGAACUUACAUCCUACAGCCUAGUUACCAUGGCUUCCAUCAGCUGGCGACACAUGUGGAAAUGUACACCCCCGUGCUUCCUUCAGACUUAGAUUUGGGGUGUGAGUCACUUUGUUCCCAGGUUCAUAUACUAUAGGAUGGACAGAAUGCCUAGGUCUCUCUUAUAUCUGGAGUUACCAGAAAUGUAUGCGUAAUUCAUCCCAGUCUGAGAUGAAGACAUGGAAGAGGUGUGUCCUGUGUAGCACAAGUUUGACCCUGUCCUUGUCCACACCCCCCAUAUUCUGGUUGCAGUUAAGACAGACCAGAAUCCAAAGCUAGGGCAGUGGCCGUUCCAGUUCCCAAUUUGGAAAAUUUCCCAGGGCAUUUAAAUGACCUCUUCAGUUGUGUAGUCAGUCCUCAAGAAAGACAGGAAGCCAGAGCUAUCAGCCUGGACGCUUCAUCUGCUCACCCCAACCUCAAAGGACCAGAAACUGCUUGCUGGUGUCCCUCUCCUUUCCCACCUAGCUUUUUUUGUUUUCUUGAGAGCUGAUUCCAAGAUGUUGAGUCCUCAAUGUAAGCAUGAGUAGUCACCCUUGUACAGAGCUAAGAUAUUCUGACCUGGAAUAGACGGGAUUUGAAUUGUUUAAUGGCUAAGGUCAUAUUCUGUACUUAAUUGUACUUAUACGAAGAAUAUGCUUUCAAGAAGUGUUUUGCUUUUCAAAUCUGUUCCAUUAUAUUAUAGGAAAUAGUGAUUAUUGUGACCAAUAAUUUAUAAAAAAAAAAAAGUAUGUUACGGUUGUAGAUAGAUGUGGCUUUGUAGCAGCCUUCAUGCACAAUGGAUUUUAACAGGAUUAGCAGAGCUCUGGGCUUCCAUACUCUGCCAUAUGUUUAAGGAAUUUUGCCCUUAAUCAUUUUCCUUCAGCAUGUUUGAAACACCUCUCCAUGUCCUGUUUCUUGAAUGAUUUUACAAUUCCUUGAAUAUAUGCAUAAAGGGGCAAAUUAAUCCCCAAUGUUUUGUUACUUAUCAGGUGGGACAUGAAGUAUUGUCUACUGUUGGGAAUGGUAUGAGUUUUUAUAUUCUUAAUUACUGUAACAAUUUAGCAUUUGAAAGUCUGAGACAGUGUCAGGAUUGAUAGUCAAAACCAAGUUCUUCAUCAAAACCAAGUUCUUCAACCCUUUCAUCCUCCAAAUUAAAUGUAUAUUUAGGUCCCUGUGAUUCUGAUUCUGAGAGGAAGCGUUCACCCAAUCCGUGGAUAACUGAACUCAAGACUCCGCAGUACCUGCGAUGCUAAGCCCCUCCAUGUACUAUCAAAUGACAUUUCAAUAGAUGAAAGCUAGUGAGGUCCUUUUGUAUUUUCUUUCUUUCUCCCUCCUCCCCCAAUUUAAAAACAUGGAAAGGCUGGCCUGGUGGCACAUGCCUUUAAUCCUAGCACUUGGGAGGCAGAGGCAGGUAGAUCUCUGAGCCAGACUGGUCUACAUAAUAAGUUAGUGAACAGACAAAACUACAUAGUGAGACCUUGUCUCAGAACAACCAAACAGAUCAGUAUGGGAAUCAUCUGUGAUUUUUCUUGCAUACGUGCUUUUCUUUGCCACUGGAGGUUAACUCACCAAGACAUGCAUAUGACUUGUGCAGUGUAAAGAAGCACUUGGUGCUGGAAUAGUAUGGAAAUGUAUUUAAUUUUUUAAAAAACAAGACUCAUGAGUCUUGAAUACUUGGUGAAGUUGUGCAUGUGCAGUGAUCACUAAGACACCAAUAAGAAAGAAAAAGACACAAAAAGUCUCUGUAUUUUGAUGUUUGAAGAAUCCAGUUCAUCUCUGGAUGGACCUUCUCAAAGUGGAUCUUAGUGGUGAUGAUGGGGUCUCAGUAUAAUUGUUUUAUGUUUGAUGUCAUGUUUUGAUUUCAGCUGAAAUUGUACCUCUCAUUGGCCUUUGACUUCAGAAAAAGCCCCGACUAGGACGGACACAUAGGGAAGGAAGCAUCUAUGCCCAAGAGAAUGACCUAGGAUCAGUGUCAGCCUUCGUAGUUUUUUAAGCUCCUUGGCAGGUCGUACUGUAAUAUUUCCACAAAACAGUAGUGAACGGCCCUCUGAAUAAUAAGCAACUUUUCAAGAGCCAAAACACGCACUGUGCAGCAUGCUGGGACUAGAAUAUGGAAAUUGUUUUAAUUUCUUCUUUUCUCUUAUGAGGAAAUCACUGCACUUGGUUUGUCAAGACAAGACAGUUCAUUCCCCUGUAUUGAAACAGUGAUGAAUUGAAACAUGUUGGAGCAAGUUUUUAAAGAAAAUCAAAAUUAAACUGGUUUUUCUUAAAUAGCUUAAAGCGUUCCACAGUACACAAUAAAUGAAGCAUUGUAAAAUGAACUUAAUGCAAGUAAUCACUUAAGAGAGAAGUUUAAGCAGAUAGAUAUAUAUAUACAUACACAUAUACAUCAUCAGUCUUGCAGUUCCAGGCUAUAAUUAAUUCUCAGAAACUUGCUGAAUUCCCUCUAAUUUUGUUUCUAUAUAUACUUACCAAGACAGGGAGCAAAUGUGUGUCAAUAUGUAGCAUGACAAAGAGAACUUGGGUGAAGUUUUCUACUUGUGGAGACCCAUUUGGACUGGGCUUGAAAUAUCUCUGGGUAAAUCUCAUCUGUGGCAGUGUCCCCACACUACAGUAAGGCUUCCAUAACCAUUCUAAGCAAAGACUGCGCUUUUGUUUAUUGAAGUAAAAUCAGUAAAAGUGUGCAGUUGGCUCCCCAAGGCAGCUGACCGGUGCUAAUAGGUGCUAAUUUGACAGAUUCUCAGAAUGAGUUUCCAGAUGGAAUUAGACAGUACCACAAUCUCCAGGAGAGCCCUGGUCCUUUCAUUCAAGUAUGCUUAAUAGACUGAGUGUCCACAGAAUAAAAACACUUUUGUUGUGAAAAUGUACCUGUUUUAUGAAUAAACAUGUGGGUUUUGUGAAUUUAA